AUGAACCUAAGAAAUUCGUACCCAAAAACGCGGUCACCCCUCAGGUGUUCGAGUAACAGGAAGAAUGGUGUGAUUUUUGCAGCAGAAGAGGAGAUGGCUCUGGUGCAUCGCUCACAGAAGCUGGGAGGAGCCCACUUCCACGAUGUGGACGUGAAUCUAGGCAGCAACAUAUACAACCUUCAAGCACUAACACGAGAGGGAAUAAGAAACGAUAUAGUUGUCAUCAACGAUCUUGAAAUUGCGUCGGAAAGCACUCUCGACCAAUGCCUACGCCACGCUGCUUGCCGCUCAGUAGCGCGUCAGCGGCGACGUCAAAAAGUGCCUUGCACACUAGAGGCGUAUUGUCUGUGUUGCAAAAGAACUGAAGCGGCCCCCAAGCAACAACGAAGGACGAGAGAUCGUUGCCAGGCUUGCCUCAGCUCAUACCCAUUACUCAUUAGUUACCGGAUUAAAGGCUGUGUUCUCCCCACAGUCCGAAGUGCCUACGAUGAUCCUUCAAACCUAAGGCAUAUGAUAGUUGCGUCCACAACAGGGGAUGGAUUCCCUUUUCCGUACCCCGUCUACACGGUAUGA